AUGCCGCCUCCUGCCCUUGCAUCUGCUGCCACACCUGCUGCAACUGGUGGUAACGAUGGCGAUGACAUCAGCAGCGGUCAUGGUGACGUGGACAUAGCUGAUGCUGCUGAUGUGGACACAGAGCCGCUGACUCCGUCACGCAUUUCCCUCCAUCCUAUGGUCGAUUUCCUGAGGGCUGCUGACGUCAGCGAUGACGUCAUCAUGAAAUGCGAGGAGGUGGUUCGGCGGCAGGUGGUGGCGCGGGUGUUGUUGGGGGAGCGGCGUGCAAAGGAGCAGCUUAUAACGAGGAUGAAGCAGCUGGAGGUCGGCUUCUCCUACCCUUUCGUCCCACGUCGCACGCGCCUCCCACUACCAGACAAGCAAAACCGCCCGGGCAGCCUGGCCGGGGGGCUGUGGGCGACGCUGCGCGAGUGCGUGGGGCGGGAUUUGUCCCGAGUGUGCCUGCCGGUGCAGCUGAACGAGCCAAUCGGGUUGCUGCACAAGUGCGCCGAGGAGAUGGAGUACAGCUGGCUGCUCGACCGGGCGGCAGAGUACGGGCGGCGGGGCGAUCAGCUAAUGAGAGCCCUCCACGUGGCAGCCUUUGCCAUGUCAGGCUAUGCCAACACCAGUGCGCGCAUGCACAAGCCCUUUAACCCGCUGCUGGGGGAGACUUACGAGGCGAACUACCCUGACAAGGGCUUUAAGCUGCUGGCAGAGAAGCAGGCAGACAGGUGUGUGUGCCACCCUGCUCCUGUGCUGCCUGCCACGCCACGAGUGCUGCUCGUGCUGUCCAGCACUGGUGGUUCUGAACCACCCCCCAACGGUGGCAGCGCACUGCUGGGGCAACGGGUGGCAGCUGUUUGGAGACUCGACCCUCAAGGUGCGCUUCUGGGGGCUGUCCAUGCACCUGGUGCCGUGCGGUGUGAUCUCCGUGCUGUUAUAUCCACCCCUUCACCUGUCCUCUGCCAUUAG